AUGUUUAGAAGAGCUCUUUUCAAUACCAGAUUCAGUCCAAGAAUAUCACUCCAAACUAGAUUCAUUUCAACUGAAAUCAGAGAUGCCAUCUCCAGUGCCAUCAAAGCCACCCCAAUUGUGCUAUUCAUGAAAGGGACGCCUGAAUUCCCACAAUGUGGAUUCUCUAGAGCCACAAUCCAGACGUUAGGACAACAAGGCGUUGAUCCAUCGAAAUUUGCUGCAUACAAUGUAUUGGAAGAUCCAGAAUUGAGAGAUGGGAUAAAAGAAUUUAGUUCGUGGCCCACUAUCCCACAAUUGUACGUGAAUGGAGAGUUUAUUGGUGGUUGUGAUAUCAUUAUGAGUAUGGCUCAAAGUGGAGAGUUGGCAGAUUUUUUGGAAAAGGAAGGUGCUUUGAUUCCUGAAGAGAAGGACGAUGUGGAAAGUGCUGAUGUCAAACCAAACAGAAAGUAG